UUAGUCAUGGUGAGUUACCGCUUCCCCCACACGCACCGCCCCCCUCCCUGCGCUUCCACUCCCCCCCCCUUCUUAUGUGGCGCACAGUUUAUCAUGGAGGAACUCGGCUACGCGACGUGUUAGUUGAGCGGACUGCUCCCUGUUGCCCACAAGCAACUGCACUAGAAGGAUUCCAAAACAAAAGCUACCAAAUAGCUUCUCCCCGACUUCCAUUUCAGAAAAACCGCCAAGUUAUUUCUUCAACACCAUUUGGGACACUAAACUUGUUUGGUUUUUUUUACCUUCUGUUUCUGUGAAGAGACGCGUAAAUUCUUCCCCCCACCCCCUAUCUUUUCAGACAUCCCCCCCCCCCCACCCAAUAUUACUGUUUUUCCGUGUGUUGAUUGAAAACUUUCCAUCAAACCGGUUACAUGGGCUGUCAAGAACGACAAAACGUUGAUUUUACAAACAUUGGACCAUAUUGUCUUUUCCCAUCAGAGUUAAAAAACUUGUUUGCAAAGCUGUUUUGAUGGCACAAAGAGUCUAAAGUCGUUCACGUUGAAGCUGUUGCAUUUUGCUGUCAUUUUUCGGCCACAUUUUUCCCCUCGCUGGUCAAUGGAAUUCUCAAGUUCAAUGAGCGGUAUGUUGGAACUGAGUCACGUAGCAGUUCCAAGCACCUGUGAGGUCUCAGGUAACUUCGCACUGAGUCAUAAAGCUUGACACAGGUACUGAACUCAACAAAAGAGUCAUUGUUUCUCCAUAAAUUUGACUCAAAGCGUCAGCUAAAACACCGGAUCCACCCAAUUUCACCCGCGCUUGCCCAGUGGUGCCAUGAUACCGCCAAACUAUUCCCGUGCGAGAGACUGAGGAGGAGACAAGGAAGGAAAUGUCAGAGUGCCUGACAGAAUGCAAAGCGCUGGUGACUCCAUCCACGCACAACGGCCACCGCGUCUUCAGCUACACGCUCGAGAGCCACACGGCCGCCGCCUUCACCAUCAUGAACGAGCUGCGUCUGGAGCGUCAGCUCUGCGACGUGACCCUGCGCGUGCGCUACCGGGACCUGGAGGCCGUGGACUUUGUGGCUCACAAAGUGGUGCUGGCGUCGUCGUCGCCCGUCUUCAGGGCCAUGUUCACCAAUGGCCUGAAGGAGUGCGGCAUGGAAUUGGUGCCCAUCGAGGGCAUCCACCCCAAGGUGAUGAACCGACUGAUCGAGUUUGCCUACACAGCCAGUAUCUCUGUUGGGGAAAAGUGCGUGAUCCACGUGAUGAACGGUGCCGUCAUGUACCAGAUAGAUAGCGUCGUCAAGGCCUGCUGUGACUUCCUGGUCCAGCAACUCGACCCCAGUAACGCCAUCGGCAUCGCCAGUUUCGCUGAGCAAAUCGGCUGCACGGAGCUUCACCAGAAGGCUCGGGAAUACAUCUACAUGAACUUCAGCCAGGUGGCGACACAGGAGGAGUUUUUUAACUUGUCCCACUGCCAGCUGGUGAACCUCAUCAGCCGCGACGAGCUCAACGUGCGCUGCGAGUCUGAAGUCUUCCGAGCGUGCGAGGCCUGGGUGCGCUACGACCGAGAGAACCGUCGGCCGUACGUCCAGGCCUUACUCCAUGCCGUCCGCUGCCAUUCCCUCACCCCCAACUUCCUGAAGGCGCAGCUCCAGUCUCUCGACUGGGACCCCCAGUGUAAAGACUACCUUGCACAAAUCUUCCAGGACCUCACCCUGCACAAGCCCACCAAACUCAACUCUUGCCGAACCCCCAAGGUGCCGCAGCUCAUCUACACAGCCGGGGGCUACUUCCAGCAAUCUCUCAGCUACCUGGAGGCAUACAAUCCCGGCACGGGGUCCUGGCUCAGGCUCGCAGACCUGCAGGUACCUCGCAGUGGCCUGGCAGCUUGUGUCAUCAGUGGGCUUUUCUACGCGGUGGGUGGGAGAAACAACGCCCCCGAUGGCAACAUGGACUCCAAUUCACUGGACUGCUACAACCCCAUGAACAACUGCUGGUUGCCGUGUGCGCCCAUGAGCGUGCCCAGAAACCGAAUAGGAGUGGGAGUCAUCGACUGCAUGAUAUAUGCGGUGGGUGGAUCUCACGGGUGCAUUCAUCACAACAGUGUGGAAAGGUAUGAUCCAGAAAAGGACCAGUGGCAGCUGGUUGCCCCCAUGUUGACUCGGCGUAUCGGGGUGGGCGUGGCCGUCAUCAACAGGCUACUGUACGCCAUGGGCGGCUUUGACGGGGCCAGCCGGCUCAGCUCAUGCGAGUGCUACAACCCAGAGAGAGACGAGUGGAAGACCAUGGCCUCAAUGAACACCAUGCGCUCGGGAGCCGGUGUUUGCGCUCUGGGCAAUCAUAUCUUUGUGAUGGGCGGGUAUGAUGGCACAAACCAACUGAACACGGUGGAACGUUACAAUGUGGAAACGAAUACGUGGAGCUUUGCCGCCUCGAUGCGGCACCGACGCAGUGCUCUGGGAGUCACAGCUUUACAUGGACGCAUCUAUGUUUUGGGAGGCUACGACGGCAACACGUUCCUUGACAGCGUGGAGUGUUACGACCCCGAGAAGGACACUUGGUCGGAGGUAACACACAUGACAUCGGGGCGCAGCGGCGUUGGCGUGGCCGUCACCAUGGAGCCCUGCCAAAAGGACCCGCCUCAGUAUCCCACACCCGAGCGGGAGCGUGGCGAAGCUUCACCACAAAUUCGGCAGUACAGCACACUGUAACCCCGCCCCCCUCCCCAUUUCCCAUUUCACGUACACAUCAAUUCUGGAGCUAAUACCAAAUCAGUAUUAUAACUUGAAAGGCCUGAAGUCCACUGUCGCCGGCAGUCUAAUCAAUGGCGACCUUCUUUGGAGCCUGACUUGUGUUCCGCCAAAUCCAGCCAAGACCUCAGUGCGUGCUCACUUCUGGCGUUCAAAGUCCGCGAACGGAGCCGAAUCUUCCAGAUUGGAUGAAAAAGGGCUGCACGCAUGCACCGGUCCAUCAGGGGCUGUUUAUUUCUCGCUAAAAGAGGGGGUUUAUCUGUGCAAAAGGGUGAUUUGAGGGCGGAAUAUUGUUUAAAACAUCUCAUCGAAUUCAAAGUCACCUCUUUUUUUUUUGUCAGUACUUAAGUGCCAGCGUCAUGCAUGUUCACGUGUGUGUGUUAACAUCAGUGUACUGAGGGGCAAAAUCAAAGGUUCCCAUGAUAACGGAGGUCUCAAAUUAGAAGACUUUCUCAUCCCGAAUCAGCAAAUCCAAUCUCAUUUGAAUUUAGUAAUCAACACGAACAUAAUUGUGGACAAAAUUCACUCUUAAAUUGAUGUCAAAUGUUAGUUGUCAUAAAUUCAGAAUUGAGUUGGAAUUGAUGCAGAGCAUCUAAAGUGAGUGUGGGAACCUUUUUCCUAUUCUUGGGGAAUGGGGGCAUUUGAGUUUUUGUAAGUCCUCAGAGGACCAUGAUCAGUAUAUUGUAAACAUUUGAUCAGACAAACGUUUAUUUCUAUAUAUUAUCAGAAUUUGUGGGUUAAAUAUUCUUGGGGCUUUUUUUAAAAACUAUUCCUCAGAGGUUUUACUAUGGCAAGCGCAGAGCCUUGGGGCAAUUGCUCAAGGGUCACAAAAUAAUAAAUACAAUUUUAAGUGCAUAUCUUCAUUUGAAGACCAGGGCACCAAAACAUCAUUUUAAAAAAAAAUUCUACCUUAAAGGCCCUGUACAGUAAAUUCUACAUAAAUGAACAGAAUAAAGUUUAAAUCCUCCAGGUAACAAUUUGAUGUGAGAUGAGCCCCAACGUAUUAAACAGGUAAAACCUGGUCUUUAAUGAAAGUGCCAAGACAAGGAUUGUGAAUUCAUGAGGAAAUUUAAUACUGUUGCUUUUUAAACAUCUUUAGUUAAAAAUACAGAUUUCGCACUACAAAGUUGACUUUUCUUCUUCUUCCACGAGACCUCAAAAAAAAAAGUGACUACUUUGUCCAAGUGCGCUAACAAUUGACCACAGAGGACAAAUGAAAAAAAAAAUGUUUGUAACAGCCGUUUAAGCUACAAAGGUUUCUACAUGAUGUUUUGUACAGUGGUAAUUCAAAUAAUUCUUGUAUAAAAUUGAAGCGCUCACCUUUUUAUUUAUUGGUUUGCUUUUCGUGUUCCUCUGAACUGAACAUUUUGGAUUGAAACAGGCUGGUGUUGUGUUUGAGCAACGAGCAUGUGUUGUAGUUGCGUCGAAAUGCCUGUUGAUGGGGGUCCGGGGGAUGUUUGUAAAGAAUUCUGUUCACUUUGAAAGGGAUUUUGUUGUUCAUCUGUAGCUGGGUUGGAAAUUCGAGUAUUUAAAAUCUGCUUUGUACAUUUUUCCAAGUGAAACCUGUAUGUACAAUAAUUGUAUAGUAAAAUGUUUCCUGUA